GAGCGGGGCAUGGGCGAGAGGACACUGGAUUACUGCUCUACACCGCGGACUGACUCAGGGGGAGGCAGACACAGUGGCGCACUGUGACGCACCCGAGGGGACGCUGUCGUUUUUGCGCAAGUCGGAGACUAUCUGGCCCAAGAUGAACACCAUCGUGUUCAACAAGCUGAGCGGACAAGUUCUGUUCGAGGAGAAGGCCAACGAGGUGGAGAUGAGCAGCAGAAACUACCUGGAAGUCAUGGACGGACAACAUCCGGACCUCCUGCCGGGCAACCAGACCAUCAGGGACAACCAGGCCAUCAGACACCGGCGGAACGGGGGUCGUCCGGGCGGCAGCAAAGUCCGACACAAGCGUCAGGCCCUGCAGGACAUGGCGCGGCCCCUCAAGCAGUGGCUGUACAAGCACCGGGACAAUCCUUACCCCACCAAGACGGAGAAGAUUCUGCUGGCUCUGGGCUCACAGAUGACCCUGGUCCAGGUUUCCAAUUGGUUCGCCAAUGCCAGGAGACGUCUGAAGAACACGGUGAGGCAGCCCGACCUGAGCUGGGCGCUCAGGAUCAAGCUGUACAACAAGUACGUGCAAGGCAACGCUGAGAGACUGAGCGUCAGCAGCGACGACAGCUGCUCAGACGACGGGGACAACCCUCAGAGGAGCCAGAGCGUCCCCGGGGAGCUGACCAAGCCCAUGUACCAGAGUGUCAUCAAGAAGGAGGGCUCGGCCAUGAUGGGCAUGGCCAUGGGCAUGACCAUGGGAGCCGGCCUGCGCUCGGCCACCGACGCCGCCUCGCUGGCCGACGACUACGUGUCCCCGCCCAAGUACAAGAGCAGCCUGUUGCACCGCUAUCUCAACGACUCGCUGCGCCACGUCAUGGUGGCCAACGCCGUCAUGGACGCUCGCAAGCGGAACCACUCGGGCUCCUUCAGCUCCAACGAGUACGACGACGAGCUGCUCUCGCCGACCUCCUCCGAGGCCGAGGCCAACUUUGUUUAUCGCGCUGAAACCACCGAGCACGGAUCAAGUAAAUGUGACAUCGUGGGCGCGGCGCACAAAGAGAAGGGCAAAGACGAGACGUACUGGAAAGAGAUCAACGCCGCCAUGGCCCUCACCAACCUGGCGCAGGGCAAGGACAGCGGCACCACCAGCUGCAUCAUCCAGAAGUCCUCCCACAUAGCGGAGGUCAAGACUGUCAAAGUGCACAAGUAUUAGCGCAGAUGCAAACAAACAUUCCCCCUCUCUAAAGUACAAACUCUCCAUUGUGUUGAAGAGAUAGGCUCCAGCACCCCCCCGCCGCCCCAAAAGGGACAAGCGGUAGAAAAUGGAUGGAGUUUU